UCCGGGACUGGAGGCCUGGGUCGGGGCCCGCGCCGCCCCCCGCGCGCCGCCCCCGCUGAGCCUGAGCCGGGUCGGGCGCCGCAGGCACCAUGGUGCAGAAGUCGCGCAACGGCGGCGUGUACCCCGGCGCGAGCGGGGAGAAGAAGCUCAAGGUGGGCUUCGUGGGGCUGGACCCCGGCGCGCCCGACUCCACUCGCGACGGCGCGCUGCUCAUCGCCGGCUCCGAGGCCCCCAAGCGUGGCAGCGUCUUGAGCAAGCCGCGCGCGGGCGGCGCCGGAGCCGGGAAGCCCCCGAAGCGCAACGCCUUCUACCGCAAGCUGCAGAAUUUCCUCUACAACGUGCUGGAGCGGCCCCGCGGCUGGGCAUUCAUCUACCACGCCUACGUGUUCCUCCUGGUCUUCUCCUGUCUUGUGCUCUCUGUGUUUUCCACCAUCAAGGAGUAUGAGAAGAGCUCGGAGGGAGCCCUCUACAUCCUGGAAAUCGUGACCAUUGUGGUGUUUGGUGUAGAAUACUUUGUGCGGAUCUGGGCUGCAGGCUGUUGCUGCCGGUACAGAGGCUGGAGGGGCCGGCUCAAGUUUGCCAGGAAGCCAUUCUGUGUGAUUGACAUCAUGGUGCUGAUUGCCUCCAUCGCUGUGCUGGCUGCUGGCUCCCAGGGCAAUGUCUUUGCCACGUCUGCACUCCGGAGCUUGCGGUUCCUGCAGAUCCUGAGGAUGAUACGCAUGGACCGAAGGGGCGGCACCUGGAAGCUCCUGGGCUCAGUGGUCUAUGCCCACAGCAAGGAACUUGUGACCGCCUGGUACAUCGGCUUCCUCUGCCUCAUCCUGGCCUCAUUUCUGGUGUACUUGGCAGAGAAGGGUGAGAAUGACCAUUUUGACACCUAUGCGGAUGCACUCUGGUGGGGCCUGAUCACCCUUACGACCAUUGGCUACGGGGACAAGUACCCUCAGACCUGGAAUGGAAGGCUGUUGGCAGCGACAUUCACCCUUAUUGGCGUCUCGUUCUUCGCUCUUCCUGCAGGCAUUCUGGGGUCUGGCUUUGCCCUGAAAGUCCAAGAGCAGCAUCGGCAGAAGCACUUUGAGAAGCGGAGGAACCCUGCAGCAGGCCUGAUCCAGUCUGCCUGGAGAUUCUAUGCCACCAACCUCUCUCGCACCGACCUGCACUCCACAUGGCAGUACUAUGAACGCACGGUCACUGUCCCCAUGUACAGCUCGCAAACUCAAACAUAUGGGGCCUCCAGACUCAUCCCACCUCUGAACCAGCUGGAGCUGCUGAGGAACCUCAAGAGCAAAUCUGGACUCACCUUCAGGAAGGAGCCGCAGCCAGAGCCAUCACCAAGUAAAGGCAGACCGUGCCGAGGGUGCCUGUGUGGAUGCUGCCCUGGACACUCUAGUCAGAAGGUCAGUUUGAAAGAUCGUGUCUUCUCCAGCCCCCGAGGCGUGGCUGCCAAGGGGAAGGGGUCUCCUCAGGCCCAGACGGUUCGGCGGUCCCCCAGUGCUGACCAGAGUCUUGACGACAGCCCAAGCAAGGUGCCCAAGAGCUGGAGCUUUGGUGAUCGCAGCCGUGCACGUCAGGCUUUUCGCAUCAAGGGUGCUGCAUCCCGGCAGAACUCAGAAGAAGCAAGCCUCCCGGGAGAGGACAUCGCGGAGGACAACAAGAGCUGUAACUGCGAGUUUGUGACUGAGGACCUGACUCCUGGCCUCAAAGUCAGCAUCAGAGCUGUGUGUGUUAUGCGGUUCCUGGUGUCCAAGCGAAAGUUCAAAGAGAGUCUGCGCCCAUAUGACGUGAUGGAUGUCAUCGAACAAUACUCGGCUGGACAUCUGGACAUGCUAUCCCGCAUCAAGAGCCUGCAGUCCAGGAUAGAUAUGAUUGUGGGCCCCCCACCCCCUUCAACUCCCCGGCACAAGAAGUACCCCACCAAAGGACCCACGGCCCCUUCGAGAGAGUCACCCCAGUACUCACCUAGAGUGGACCAGAUUGUGGGACGGGGCCCAACAAUAACGGACAAGGACCGCACCAAAGGCCCAGCAGAGGCAGAGCUGCCUGAGGACCCCAGCAUGAUGGGACGGCUUGGGAAGGUGGAGAAACAGGUCUUGUCCAUGGAGAAGAAGCUGGACUUCCUGGUGAGCAUCUACACGCAGCGAAUGGGCAUCCCACCGGCAGAGACAGAGGCCUAUUUUGGGGCCAAGGAGCCAGAGCCGGCACCACCCUACCACAGCCCAGAGGACAGCCGAGAACAUGCGGAUAAGCACGGCUGUAUUAUCAAGAUUGUCCGCUCUACCAGCUCCACUGGCCAGAGGAACUACGCAGCGCCCCCAGCCGUGCCCCCUUCUCAGUGCCCUCCAUCCACCUCGUGGCAGCAUAGCCACCAGCGCCAUGGUACCUCCCCUGUAGGAGACCACGGCUCACUGGUGCGCAUCCCACCACCCCCAGCGCAUGAGCGUUCGCUGUCCGCCUACAGUGGGGGCAACCGGGCCAGUACCGAGUUCCUGAGGCUGGAGGGUGCCCCGUCCUGCAGGCCUCCUGAGGGUGCCCUGCGGGACAGCGACACAUCCAUCUCCAUCCCCUCUGUGGACCACGAGGAGCUGGAGCGUUCCUUCAGCGGUUUCAGCAUCUCCCAGUCCAAGGAGAACCUGGAUGCCCUGGGCAGCUGCUAUGCGGCUGUGGCGCCAUGCGCCAAGGUCAGGCCCUACAUUGCAGAGGGGGAGUCUGACACAGACUCAGACCUUUGCACACCCUGUGGGCCCCCACCACGCUCUGCCACUGGUGAGGGCCCCUUCGGAGACAUGGGCUGGGCAGGGCCCAGGAAGUGAGACUGUGCUGGGCUGCUGAGCCCCCUGCCACACCCACUCUAGCUCCUGGUUUAGGGCUAGAGCCUCGGGCCUUUCCUAGAGUGACAGAGUGACCUAGAAUGGCAUGGGUUGUGAGGAUACCUGUGGGGUCUGGCUCUCAGGGUCCCCAUGGGGUGGCGAGCAGGCAGGGCUCUUUGGUGCACAUGGUGAUGUUUUACAAAAGUUCUUUCCCAACCAGGGGCGGGAGGUUGAGGCCAGGCCCUGGUGGUCCUAGGAGCUCCCUGUGGCAGCAAAGCCAGCCCUGCCCAGUCUUCUUGGGGGAUAGACAUCACCCUGUGAGUGAGGAGGGACAGAGUGAUGAUGGUGCCCACAAAUGGGGGUGUGGCUGGGAGCAGGCCCAGGGAAGGUGGUGAGUCAAGCAGUCCUGUCUACUGAUGAUGGCUGGCUUUGAGGCCCAUGGGCUCUUCCAGCUUGGGCUGGGAGCUGAGGAGGGUAUAGCAGGUCACUGGGCAUGGCCCACUCUCACACCUGACAGCUUGUCUCUUGGUUCCUGCCUGCCUCAGCAAGGUAUUGCCUGGUCCACCGUCUGUGUAUGACUGGGCAAUGCCCCUCAUCCCUGGGCGCCCAGCUAGAGAGCUGCCGGCCAGCAUCUCCCUCCUCCUUCUGGGUUCUGUGGGUCUUUCCAAGGGAACCACCCCAAAUUCAGUACCCUCUUCCUGAAGCUGAGGAAAGAACGAGGCCUCAGGGACCAAACUGGAGCCUCAAAUUGACCCUUGGACCCUCUUGACCUCUGCCUCUCGUGGAAGGGCCCAACUCACAGCCUUUUCUGAAAGAGGGUUUUUGCGAGGCUUCAGCUGCUUCGCCUCUGGCACCCCAGCCUAGGAAGUUUAGGUAGGUACCUCAUAGCCACUGCUAUUUCCUGAUGUGGCAUUGGUCUCCAGGCUGUGGCCAGUACUUUGAGAGAGCCACCUGGUAAUCAGAUCACCCUACAGACCCAGGCAGGGGUGAAUGAUAUGAAACCAGCCAGGAAAUCUCCAAACUGCCAGCUCAUUCCACCUGAGGCAGUGGCACUGUGCCUGGCUGAGACUUCUUCCCACAAGAGCUGACCAUCCCCAGCCACUCGUCUGCUGACACGUCCCCUGGAUGUCACCUCUGGGUGUUUGGGAGAGUUGGGACACUGUCCUCAACUCUGGUGAGCAGGGACCUUUGUCCUUGCUAUGAUGGGUAUCUUGGGCUGUUGGACAGCCAGCUUUAGAAGGAGACAAGGCAAAGUUGAGCCCUCAAUUGUGGUCCUUCUGCAUCUGGGCCAGAAGUAUCUAGCAUUUUGGGGUGGGGACCCCAGGCUCUCUGAAGCAGUGGCCGCCUUUCUCACUGAGGGAAGCACUCUAUAGCUUGAGCCUGGGCAGAGCUCUGCCCACUUCUCACACCCUGUGUUUGAAGUGUGUUUGGCUGGAGUAGAGGGAGUCUGGGGUCUAUGGUCAGGAGGAGGCAUCCCUCCCACUGAGGAGAGCUUGGGGUUAUGCCUCUAGCUAUUAGUGGCCUGGACAUUUGGGGAGCUGUCUGCUGUCUGCUAUGGCCUUGCAUCUGCCCUCCAUGUCAGGACUUCUAGGGUCCCACCUCGGGGUGCCUCUGCCAGGCUCCUGGUUGGGGGCCUGUUCAUGUUGGCUCUAAUGCAUGCACAUUCUCUGGUUCUCUAGGGCCAUGUUGUGGCAAAAAGCUCCUUGGUGGUGAGAAAUGUCUCUUCUUGGCAUGGAAUGGAAUGUGGGCAGAAAUAGUGGCCACUUCUUCCCUAACCCCAUCUUGGAGAGUUGACUUGGAGCAUUGAGGCCAGGUCCGAGCUCCCCCCACCACAUUACCCUCUGUGGUGGGACAAACAGGCUUCAGGACAGGAGACAAGCACAUCUGCCUGACCUACUGGCAGUCCCCAGAGAACUGCUCCUCUAGGCCUAGGGCAGGUCAGAGCUGUCUCAGCUACAGGGCCUAUGUGAGGGAGGUUUGUGCCUGUCACACAUGCUCAAUAUGCUGUGUGCCUUCUGUCCCCAGAGCUGUCGUGGCUGCAAGAGCCUAGGGUACCCUGAGCUGGGGUUUUGUGGGAUGAGGAAAGUUGACAGAUGCCCACCCCCCCCCGAAACCCUGGCCACACAGUAUUCAUCAGGAGGGCUUUCUUAGGUUUACAGCAAGAGGGAGACAAGAAGGCCAUGGCCUGCUCUGCAUCACAGGAGCCCUGGCAAGACUGGAGUGUUGGCUGCUUAGAGGAGGGAAGGUACAUUUCAGAGAGAUGAGCAGUGAUGGAACCCCUUCUUGGGGGCCUCUAGACCCAGGCCUGAGCAACACAACUGUCACUGCCUUGGCAUCCGCCCCCUCAGGGAUGUGAAACAAGAAAGAGGCAGGAGGCUCCUGAGAAGUUUAUGCACUUCCUUGGGUUUAUUUAUAUAUGAUCAGGUGUGGCUGAACUCCAGUGGCUGCCCCACGGCAGAAUUUUCCCCAGACAUUUGUCACAGCACAUCCCCUCAUGCCCACCAGCACACAGACACACACUGGGCACACAUUCACACAUGUGCACACAAAAAGGUAUGUGCACUCACAUGGACACAAGUGCACAUACUGGAGGUGCAUUCCCCCUUCCAUGUACUCUUAUAUGUACACACAAGCUCACAGUUCACCAGACCACAUGUGACAGGUACACAUACAUACACGUGAGUGCACGGGCUCUCAGACCAUAUUAGAUUCACGGUUCCACACAUGUACACAGCAGGUAUGCACUUUUACACCUGCAUUUUCAGGUAUGUGCGCACAUACAUGAACAAGUAAUCUACAUAUACACAUAAAUGCCCGUGUAGAGCCCCCCUUCCCCCAACUUUACCCUAAUCUUUUUGUUUGACUCUUCCUGAUGGAGGCUACCUGGAGAGGGAGCCAAGGAAUUAAUGAUGAAUGGUUCUAAAAUGUGGAACGCUGCCUGGGGUUGGGGCUCUGGCUGUCCAGAGCUCCUUGGCAACAGUGGCAGAGAAUUCACCUGGAGUCCAUUGAAUUUGCACACUGCCCUCUCCCUCUAGUGACUAGUGGCUGUCUAGGUCUUGGGGCUGCAAAUGCCAAGAGAGGCUGAGGCUGAGAUGGGGUGGGGGGGGUGGUCCAAGCAUCAACCAAGGGUCCAGAUCUGUCUUUGCGUUAGGUCAAUGUUAGGUGCUGGCCAGCUCCAGUGCCCUGCUGUACACAUGCCUGCCUCAUGGGCCCUGGUUCUUAUUGAUGUUUUCUGGCCUAUCAUCUCCUUUCUGUCCUCCAGAGAGUGCACCCUCAUCUGCCAGGGUCACCGGGAACAAGGGUCCAUCUGCUCUCACAUGUGGCCUGGGCAGGGCAAAUGUCUACUUGAGGCCAUAAGCUGGCUCUCAGUUAUGCUUCAUCUUUAGGGGGCUCACCCCAAGCCCCUAUUUAGAAGCUAGGGGGUCACUGGACACUGCAUGGACCUUAGGAGACCCUUUAAGCUUUGGGUCCAAUUAUUCCCAGUCUUCACAAAGAGGACAGCUACAGCCAGGGCCACCUGGUUUAAUACACUGGUUUAAGGUUGCUUUCUCCGAGCUGGUGGCCCCAGAUUCCAGAUGUGGAAAAGGGGACCAUUCUGCCUUCUGCCACUCCUACUGGGUUCACCCCAUAUCACGGGCACUGUGAAGAAUACCUCUGCUUUUUGUGGAAAGAACUGGGACCACAGACUCUCCCCCAGAGUUUAGAGGAGCUAGAUACAGAUGCGCCUUUCAGAACACGAGUGUGUGUCUGUUAGCUCACUGGCUAUAAGUAGUGCAGGGAGUGGAGGCCACUACACCUGCCCACAGUUCAUCCCAAGGCCACUGCAUCUGCUCCUGGCUCACCCCAAGGCCAACAGGACAACACUAAAGCCUUUCUCUGUGGUCACAACCUCUUGAAACAAACAUGAGAGGCACGAUUUGAAUAGUGGAGCCCACUAUGGAGGGACUCAGAGAUGUCCCAGGCACCUUGCAUCCCAGCAGGGUAGGCUGGGGUUGGAGUAGGGGCUCCAUUCAGGGUACCCCUGGGGCCUAGGUUCACAUAAAUAGAAUCAAAACACCUGAUGUCAUCUUCCCUCAGCUAUGGGACAUACAUAUUUGUUCCCUGCUUCCUCUAGACCUCCCAGGCCACCUACUUGUCAGCAAAGGAUGUGAGAUGUGGAAAGGGGGCUGGGAAGGGUCUGCAAGCAGGACAUCACCUGGGGUUGUCUGCAUGGCUGCCCUAUGCUCUCCUUGUGUCCCAGCAGAGCUAAGGAGGAAAGAGAAGCAGAGAAGGUUCCCAGAGGAGGCACUGUGAAGGAGAAGAGGGCUCAAGGGAGAACCAGCUGCCUCUUUCUCAGGAUGUACCCACUGCAUACCCUGGGGGGCCCAGUGUCCGUGGGAGUGAAUGAAAGGGGCCAUAGUUUGCUGACUGUUGCUUACCUGUGAGUUGGGUCUGGUAGGAGACCUUGGGAGAAGAGGCUUUGAGGAAGCUCCAGGGACCAGGGUAGGGAGAAGUAGGUACAGCCUGGGAAGGAGACCUGCCAAACAUCUAGAGGUACCCACAGUUCAAAUUCGUUCAGAACUCUAUCUUCAAUGUUGGCCUUCGUGCUCUGGCUGACAAAGGGUGCUGGGUUCUGCCCAUGGCCUGCCCUAAGGUUCCCCUGGUGUCUAACCUUCCUUUAGAGAAGGGAUAGUUCCCAGGCUUCUGAGGCUGUGUGCUCCUGGGGCUCCUGGGUAGGAGUGCACAUCACUAGCAUUGCACAUCCAGUUGGGACUGGCUUUUACAAAGUUGUUGCCUUAAUGCAUGUUGAGGGAAAUUCACCAAGGUCACCCCUACCUCUGCCAGACACAGGCACACUGGACUCCACCUCUAGGUCCUGCUGCCGGAGAGGAGUGCUGGCAGGAAGGGCUGCCUCUAAUCAUCUCACUUGGGGGAACUCAAAGCUGUGGUACCCUUGACACCAUUUAGCUGCCUGGGAUGGCUCCGCACACAGUGCAACUUGCCUAUGCCCCCAGCCUGCACCCACCCACCGCAGUCUUGUCCCCCGGCCACACCCCAUCUGCGCUGUUGCCUUUGGCUGUCUUUGCACUUUUGUUCAUGCUCCAAAGAAUAUUUCAUAAUGCCUUCAUACUGACGUGCACCCUUACCAUUUUGUAUGUGCCCUUGGGCCACAGCGACCGGCCUUCUCCUUCUGGCCAGCGUGCCACCAUCUGCACACUUCACUCUUGACUGUGCACCCGCCGUCUUCUAGGGAUAGCUGCCCAGGGAAUGAACUCUAGUUUUCUAAUGGACUAGUUAAGAUGCUAACUUACCCAACAUGGACAGGCUGGAGCAUGUGGUGUGCCAGCAGGCCGAUGUGGGUUCCCUGAGAGCCUCAGGGCAGAAUCCUGCAGCAGGGACGCAUGUGGUCAGUUCUGGAGGGUUCUGCUGCCACAGAGCUGAGUUCAGAUGCCCAGUGGACCUGUGCACUUAGUAAAAUGCGGUGAUCCAA